AUGGGCAAAUGGUCUUCAUCUUCAAUUCUAUGCCAACCUCAUGAAUCAUGGAUCAUCAUCAUUCGUUCAUUCGUUCAUUCUACACCAAACACCACCUUUUCAUCAAUCUCCUCGUAUAAUUUUACCACACUGUCACCACAUAUUUCACCAUCUUUGUACGUACACUUUCAUGCAUUUUCAUCUACUUCCAACAGGGAUCCAUUCCUUUUUUGAUACAUCACACCUUAUCUCUUCCAAGUGCUUACUCAUACAGAUAUACAUACACCGUACUAAGUUUGCUUUAUAAGAUUUUUAUUCUUAAUUAUUUUACACUCUUCCCAAAAUCAAGAGAGCCUCAUGCAUGAUAUGGUAGGAUUCAUGUUGUGGUUGCUUGCCCAAAGGUACUGAAUCUAUUACCCCACUUCACGGAUGAUCAACUGAACAGGUUAAAUCCCCGCCAUUCACUCAUUUUGGCAAUUAAUCAAUCAAUCACCUCGCGAGCAACCAGAAGUGGAAGGAACUUAAUUAAUAAAAAAAAGCCUUGGAAGAACACAUAGCUAAGAUUACCGGAAAAGAAAAAGAGAAAAAACAUUUUCCUCUGCAGCAUCACAUCUGUACAUAUUUUUGGUGUCACCUUGAAUCCAAAAAAGAAAUAUGCCAGAAAAGAUCCUAGAUGACAUCUCUCAUAGAAGAUUCAACCCAUUGCGGGGUACUUGGCUUCUAGUUUCCCCCCAUCGUACCAAGAGACCAUGGCAGUAAGUUCCAAAGUCUUUUUUCAAAACAUAAAAGCCUUCAUGCCGUAAAAAUGCUAACAUAUAUAAAAGAGGACAACAAGAAGCCGCUUCGACGAUUACCCUCCCUGAAUAUGAUCCAGCGGUAUGCCGAAAGGUUCCGAAGUUGAUACCGAAGACUGACUCAUCCCAAAGUGUUACUUAUGUCCAGGAAAUAAACGAGCACAAGGAGAUUCAAACCCGCAGUACAAAGAUACUUUUGUCUUCGUAAAUGAUUAUAGCGCGGUUAAGGAGGUUCAAGCUGAAUAUGCGCAGGAUGGGGAGUCAAAAGGUCCGUUUUAUCUUGUCAUUUGUCAUUCUUCCCCUUCCUUGGAGAGUUGUCCCUCUUUUAAUAAACCAAGACCAAUCUGACAAAUUGCGUCAAUAUCUUAGACCUCUCAAACAUCCUUCUACGUGCCGAACCUGUAACAGGAAAAUGCUACGUAUUAACCUUCUCUCCCUCACACAACCUCACUCUCGCAGACCUCACUCCUGCUCAGAUUCUUCCUGUCAUCCAAACAUGGACAGAGAUUUACGCCGCACAUCUAUCUCCCUCCUCACCUCUUGCGAGCGUCGCCCAACCCACCACUCUUGCACCAUCAGGCCAUGAUGUUGGAGCUCCAAAUCAACAAUACAAAUGGAUGCAAAUCUUUGAAAAUAAGGGUGCCGCAAUGGGUUGUUCAAAUCCACAUCCUCAUGGACAAAUUUGGACUACUACCGGAUUACCGGAAGAGCCUGCUUCUGAACUCGUGAAUCUUCUUAAAUACCGUCAGGAAAACUCCGGUCGCCAUUUAUUGGAAGAUUACGUGAAGCUUGAAAUGGAAAAGGAAGAAAGAAUCGUGUUUCAGAAUGAGAGCUUCCUGGUGGUGUGUCCGUGGUGGGCUACAUGGCCAUUUGAGGUUAUGAUCAUUAGCAAGACUCAUAAGCGAGGUCUCGUUGAUUUAAACGACAAGGAGAAAUUCGGGUUUGCCGAGGCCAUUGCAGAGGUCACAAGGAGAUAUGAUAAUUUGUUCGAGACGAGCUUUCCUUACAGUACGUAAUCCCUUCCUUGCUGUACAUUCAUCUUCUUCGUUCCCUCCCCCAGUGUUUCCUUUCCUCACGCGUAGGAUAUGUUGAGCUAACGAACAAACAGGUUCUGGAAUCCACCAAGCUCCAUUAGAGGGUACCGAAGCAGAGAUCAAUGCCUCCUACUUGCACAUGCAUUUUUAUCCUCCUCUUCUCAGAAGUGCAACGGUCAGAAAAUUCUUAGUUGGCUAUGAGUUGAUGGCCGAGCCACAAAGAGAUAUCACUCCAGAGCAGGCUGCUGCUAAACUAAGAGAUUGUGGUGGAGAGUUGUACAGAAAGAAGUUGUAAAGGCUUAGACAGGGGAGUGCUUCAUUGUCAUUGAGCUCGAGAUUUGGGGUGAAUGGAAGUACGCAUAGAACUUGAUGGGGAUUUAAAAAAAAAAUUAGACUCUAGAAAUAUAGUAGACUCGUUCAGCGGGUAAUAUUAUAUAUAUCCUCUGUCAUCAACUUUAUGCGGGUUGUGACCUCAAUGAGAUAACCCAUGCUGCCCAGCUUCAGAUUAGUAUAUUUUGACCUGUUCUAGAAACUCAGUAGGGUUCCUCCCAAUGAUAUCAAGCAGUCUUGAGGCUCUUCGGAGUUCAGAGCUAAGCAUUCUGCUUAGGGCUUUAGCGUUGUGACUA